AUGACCGGACCUUCCUCAGCUUCUGUUGAGACAGACAAAUACGCAACAUCCCAUGAGGACCGCCGCCCACUGAAAGUCCACGUGAGCGGAGAUGGCAAUGAGUUCAUCACCUUGGGCGACAAGAAGUACUAUCGUCACGAACUCAUGACUGCUUUUGCAGGAACUUUGGUGCCAGAAAGAUACGCACCAUACCCAGUUCACCAGUUUGGUAAUGCUGCUGCUUUGGGCUUGGCUUCAUUCGCUUUGACCACAUUUGUGUUGGGUCUUUAUCUCGCAGGUGCCAUGGGCAUCAAAGUCCCAAAUAUGGUUGUCGGUUUGGUGUUCUUUUACGGAGGUUUUGUCGAGGCUGCAGCUGGCAUCUGGGAAUUAAUCAUAGGCAACUGCUUUGCGGGCACAGUGCUCACGAGUUUUGGUAUGGGAUUCUGGAUUUCCUAUGGCGCAAUCAACGUCAAGGCCUUUGGCAUUCUUGCUGCAUACGCGGAUGAACCUGAUCAGCUCAAUAAUGCUCUCGGAUUUUUCAUGUUGGGUUGGGGAAUCUUUUGCUUUAUGAUGCUCUUGUGCACUGUGAAAUCAACGUUGGUUUUCAUCUCGCUCUUCGUCACAUUGGACAUUGCCUUUUUCGUUUUGGCUGGCUACUACUUCACAGGACACCACCAGUUGAUGACUGUUGGAGGAGUUUUUUGUGUAAUCUCCGCCUGCUGUGGCUGGUAUUGCGCAUAUGCUGGUGUGGCUACUCCUCAAAACUCGUACCUCACAGCGAACCCAAUUCCACUUCCUGUUUUGGGCAAGUCCGAGUAA